CUCACCAAAAGAGCACCUCUCCUUUUGCUUUUUCCUCCAUAACUAAGCACCUCUAACCAAAAAACCUCUCCAAAUUCAUUCUAAUUUCCAAACUCAUCCCUCGAUUGCCACGUAUCUUCUCUGCGCAUUCCACCUCUUAUUCUACGGCAGAUCGCGAUCCGCUUCUCAUUUCACGGGUCGGGUCAACCUGCUUCUUAUUUCAUCGGCGGAGGGGGGUAUGUUCAAAUCGCACCUGCUCAACUCAGAAACCCUAGCUGCUCCGUAUUUUGAAGGCAGUAGCUUCUGUUCUCCGUGCACUGAGAUUAAGCUUGUCUGAUUUUCAGUAGACUUCCACAAGAUGCAUGCUAGACAUCGGAAUCCGGGAAAUGGUUACAGGUCUAAUUCUAUGGGGAUGGGGAUGGGUGGCUCAAGGAUCUCCCCUGAUAAUUCAGCUCGAGGACGUGGCUUUUACAAUUCUGAAUACAGAAGUUUCAAUAAUCGUGGCUUUGGCCGUGCCAUGGGCCACCCCAAAUCUUUUCAACAACCACCUCAGCCACCACCGCGCAGAGGAGAUAUAUUGAUGGAAGCGGGUAGACUUGCAGCUGAAUAUUUAGUUUCCAAGGGAUUGUUACCUCAGGAUGCGGUGUCUUGUAAAUGGCAGAAUGGCGAUUCAAAGAAGCACGUUGUUGGUGACAGUAUGGAUAUUAGGCUACAAGACGAAUUUAACCAGGAGGGUCGAACGUCUGCUCAUUCCCGUCUAGGUAGUGGUGCUUCUGAUGCAGGUAUAGGAAGGAGAAGGUAUUUUGAUGACUUUAAUUUGAGGAAUAACGUGAAAGGAAGGAGAAGAGGAGAGUAUUUCAAUCGAAAUUAUAGCUCAGAGUGGGGUGGUAGAGAAUAUGGGAGGAGUGCGACGAGUUUAGAUAGAAACAGGGUAUCUCCUGAUGUGGAGGGAGAGGAUGAUACUGUCUCUGGACAUUAUGACGAUCAGCACGCUGGUGAAGAUGUAUGUGAGGGGAUGCAGACAUCUGGCCUGAACGGUUCAGUUCCAGAAAGUGGGGAAGCAGCUGGCACAAAUUCAUCUGCGGAGUUUAACAAUUCUGACGAGAUGGGUUCCAAGACAAGUUCGUUUAGUGGUGGAAAAGAUGAGCCUGUGGAACCUUGCAAGCCAUCCGAUGAUUCCUCAAAGUUGAUAUCUGAGAAUGACGUGAAGAAGGACAGCAAUGAUAAACAUGAAAUUGAUAAACUGGUUGGUCCUAAGGACUUAUUUACCCAGGAAUCUGCAGUGGAAGGCGAGCUCUCAGGCAAGCAUGGAUCUGAUUUACUAACAUUAUGUAAUUUUGCUAAGGUUCCAACCAGAACAAGGUCUGCAAUGACAUACAAAGUGUCCAAGGUUGACCAAGCUCCUAAUGCUGAAGAGGGAAAUGUGUCUGAUGGGUCUUUGAAAGGAUCUGAAAUGGCUGCUGACAGUGGCAGCCUUGAUUUUGCAACAGCUUAUCAUCUGGCUAACACGAAUGAUUCAAAAAUCCCCGCUCCUGAAAUAUCUAAGACACUAUCUGCACACUCCGCUGGUGAUGUAGGAAAAUCAGGCUCCACAAGUGGUACAGGGCAGAUUAAAUGCAUGAGGUCUCAAUCCUUUCCUGACAGAGCUUUCAUGCUUGAAGAACAGCAAUCAAGCUCAGGGGUUCCAGGUUUUGGAAGGUCCAUCUCAAUCAAAGAGAGGGGUGAGAAACGAGCAGCAGAAGAGAGUGAUGCGAUUGAAGCAACAAAGAAACCCAGAGAAUGGUUUGCAUCUUUGGUUAAUACACGCAGUGAUCAUCUUCAGCUUUCUAGUCCAAGUCAAAAUCAAGGUAGCUCACAAGAGAGAGCUUCUACUGAUCAGCAGGUUUCUGUAGCUGCCAGUCAAGGUAGUCUGGUUAAUUGUCAUCAAUUUGUAAAGACUGGUGGUGAUUCAUGUAAUGAGCAUGCAGAAGAGAAGCAACUUUUUCCAAGUUCUUUUAAGAUCUGUGACCUCAAUCUAAUGGAAGUUUCUGAGAUGAAUGAUAGCCUCUGUAAUGAUGCAAUUCUAAUGCACCCAACUAUAGCAAUAAGUAAAACGGAAGCAGCACAGGUUGAUAUUGGUUUGUCCAUGAGUAAUGCCAACCUGACUGAUGUAUAUCCUAGAUAUGCGAAUAGUGGCAAAAACAUUGAAGUCAUUGAUUUAGAGAACGAUUCAAUCCCCGAAGAAAGGGAUUUUGACAUUUCACAGAGAAAGGAAACAGCAUUUUCCGGCCCGGAGGGAUUUCCUAAUCGUGCACAAAAUGCUGGCGAGGAUACUGAUGUUCAAGAUAACUAUGAUGGUCUGAUUUCGGAGUUCCUUACCACUAUUUCAAAUACUUCAGAGCCAGAGGAUACAACUCCUCUGCAAAAUGAGAUUGGCCUACAUAAUGGAGAGGGUACUCUUGGGGAUGAUGACUCGAUCUACAUGUCUCUGGGAGAAAUACCAUUAAGUCUUAGAAGAGAACAUCCAGAUUUAGGUUUGAGGGUAUGAACUUUAAGAACAUGGGGAUUUGGUGAUGUCUAGUGUUGCAUUGGACACCACUAGAAGUAUGUAAGAUUCUUUUGGUGGCCUGCAUUUCUUAUAAGCAUUCUGCAUUUCAACUCAUUCUUUCUCUUAAGGAAGCUGUAUCUUUAGUCUGUUUUCUUUGUUGUAUAAGAUUCUGUAAUUUCUAGAUCAUAUAUUUCUGAACAAGGAAAAUUUAUUUGGAAAAAGCAUGUGUUGGAUUGCUGGUGCUACUACCUGCAAAUUGAUGAACUAAUUUGUGACUGCAAAGAACCUGCCAAAAUUAUAUUAGGCAUGAUGCAUAUGUUCACUUUAUCAUCGACAGCGUACAAAAUACAAUUAGCGGCUUGCAUCGUGCCCCCUUUUAUUUAUAUAUGAGUCAUUAAGCAUCUUUUUGUACAAGUGUUAAUGUUUGAAGCAUACGGGAAGAUCCUGUCAUGAAC